AUGUAAGCAAACUAGAUCUUUUUUCAGAAGAAGAGCAGCACGAGUUCAUUAUAAUGAACUGCUAAAUGUGUAAACGAAACAUAAAAAUCAUUAGAAGGAAAACUGAGAAGUCAAUUAUUACAUAUUUACAGCAUAAUGUCAUCUGUGAUUAACAGCAACAUAUCAAAGGACCAGCCAACAAACGUGCACUACACAUUAAUACUAGGAACUAUAGAAAUACACUCAUAAAGCAAUGCACCGCGCCAAACCGCUGCCUCAAGAAUGUAGAAUUCUCUUACAGAACUUUUGUCGAGCAGUUGGCGUUGAUUAAAGAAACGAAAUAGAUGCAGCAGCGAACAGAGCAAUAAAUUUGAUACAGAAUGGAGUGGUGGCUGUGGGAAGAACGAAGGGGAUAGAGGGAGGAUAUCCAUCGGAAAGUUUCCUUCUUAAGAGAUCUUCUUCAAGAAAAAAGAUUUGAUUUUUGGAUUGAAGCCAAGCCGAGAAGCCGUGAAUUGAUUAACUCUAAUUUAUGUAUUAAGUUAGAAUACUAUCAAAACUACGUAGUUUUAACAGUGGGACACCAUUUGUGGGACAGAGGAUCCGAACCGUUAAAUAAAAUGAAUAAUAUUUGCCUUUUUACAUGAAAAGCCUUUUUACGGACAACCCAUUUUUAUCCAUUUAUAUUCUCUCUCUUAUCUUUUUGACUAAAAUCAAUGGCAAUGGCAGCAUCUCAGACAAGAUAUCGCUCAUCAUUGCUGCCAAACAAUGCCUUAGUGCCCAGAAUUGGAGCUCACCUUCACCUUAAAACGGCGUCGUUGAGGGUAUUACCGCUAGUCUUUGCGUCUUCCAAGCGCCAGAGCGCCGACGACAAGCCACCGGUUGUUUCGCAGGAAGACGUGAAGUAUUUGGUGCAAUUAGGAGGCGCGUCGGUGGCAGGUGCAGCGGCCAUAAAAUAUGGAAGCAUUAUAUUUCCGGAAAUGACUCAACCCAAUCUUGCACAGGCCUUGUUCAUGAUCUUCGCUCCUCUUGCUGUUGUUGUCUUCCUACUUUUCAAACAAAGCCGUGUUUAGCUUUGGGAUGUUACCUCAACAUUGUAAUCUCAGAUGAAUUGAGUCAGUUUUUGAUAUUUCUUUUUUGACUCUCGGAGAGGAAGACCCACACCAAACAUGCAAGAGCCAAAAAAUUCAUGUUUAUGUGUGAUGUAUGCCGAUCUAUGUAUGCAACUGAUGAAACUAGUUUUAUGGGAAGAUUGAGAAAAAUUGACCA